UGCCCAGGCAGGGUCUCUCUUCUCUUGCUCCCAUCCCCGUCCAGUUUCUGGGCUGCGGGCGCCUCGAGCCCCGCCCACUUGGCUGGAGCCUCGCGCCGGCUCUGCUGCUCUCCCUUCGGCUUCCCGUCUCGCGCCGGCGGCUCCGGCGAGCCGGGAAGGUCAAGCGCAAUAUUGCAUAGAUUUGCAAAAAAAAAAAAAGACAAGCAGCGCAAGCGGGGCCAGAGCGGACAGCAGGGCGCAAAGGGCGGGAAGUAGGGCAUCUGUGUGGCUUCCUAACGGGGUGAUCCUGCCUGCUGAAAAUUGGACAACAUGGCAAGUUUUAUUCUACGUACAGUUUCGACAAGCUGCUCCAGUCCCCUUUUCAACAGUGCGCUGUCUCACAAGGUGAAGACUGUGAAGACACCAUGCCUACGAGCAUUCCGCGUGCACCAGGUGCUCUGGUGCCAGGCUCCUGUCAAGCCAGGUAUCCCAUAUAAGCAGCUGACUGUGGGUGUUCCCAAGGAGAUAUUUCAGAAUGAGAAGAGAGUUGCCUUGUCACCAGCAGGAGUUCAAGCCCUGGUUAAACAAGGGUUUAACGUUGUUGUGGAGUCGACUGCAGGAGAAGCUUCCAAAUUCUCUGAUGACCAUUACAGAGAGGCAGGGGCACAGAUCCAAGGGACGAAGGAAGUCUUGGCUUCUGAUUUAGUCGUCAAAGUGAGAGCUCCUAUGUUGAAUCCAGCUCUUGGCAUGCACGAGGCAGAUCUCUUUAAGUCGUCUGGUACCCUAAUCAGUUUUAUCUACCCAGCUCAAAACCCAGACCUCCUGAACAAACUGUCAGAAAGAAGAACCACUGUCUUGGCUAUGGAUCAGGUCCCUCGCGUGACCAUUGCUCAAGGAUAUGAUGCUCUCAGCUCCAUGGCCAACAUUGCUGGCUAUAAGGCAGUUGUGUUGGCAGCAAAUCACUUUGGUCGUUUUUUUACGGGUCAGAUCACGGCAGCUGGCAAAGUCCCUCCAGCUAAGGUUCUGAUCAUUGGUGGUGGAGUCGCAGGCUUAGCAUCUGCAGGAGCAGCUAAAUCAAUGGGAGCUGUGGUUCGUGGGUUUGAUACCAGAGCUGCAGCAUUGGAACAGUUCAAAUCUCUAGGUGCGGAGCCUUUGGAGGUUGACCUGAAAGAAUCUGGGGAAGGGCAGGGAGGCUAUGCAAAAGAGAUGUCUAAAGAGUUCAUUGAAGCCGAGAUGAAACUCUUCGCAAAACAGUGCCAAGAUGUCGACAUUAUCAUCACGACAGCUCUCAUUCCUGGUAAAAAAGCUCCAAUCCUCUUUCGGAAAGAUAUGAUUGAAUUGAUGAAGGAAGGCUCAGUUGUUGUAGACCUAGCUGCUGAAGCUGGGGGAAACAUUGAAACUACAAAGCCAGGAGAACUCUAUAUUCACAAGGGAAUUACACACAUAGGUUAUACGGACCUUCCCAGCAGAAUGGCCACCCAAGCCAGCACAUUGUAUUCCAAUAACAUCACCAAGCUCCUGAAGGCCAUCAGCCCAGACAAGGAGAAGUUCUUCCUUGACAUAAAGGAUGAAUUUGACUAUGGUACUCUGGACCAUGUUGUAAGAGGAACAGUGGUAAUGAAGGAUGGAAAGGUGAUUUUUCCAGCACCACCUCCUAAGAACAUCCCUCAGGCAGCGCCUGUGAAGCAGAAGACUGUGGCAGAGCUGGAAGCAGAAAAAGCAGCCACUGUUACACCCUUCAGGAAAACAAUGACGACUGCCUCUGCGUACACAGCAGGACUCAGUACUUUGCUCGGGUUGGGUGUCGCAGCUCCAAAUUCAGCUUUCACUCAGAUGGUGACAACAUUUGGCUUGGCUGGGAUUGUUGGGUACCACACGGUGUGGGGUGUGACGCCUGCACUCCACUCGCCACUCAUGUCUGUGACGAACGCCAUCUCAGGGUUGACAGCUGUUGGUGGAUUGGCACUGAUGGGGGGACAAUAUCUCCCCAAUAAUGUGCCUCAAAGCCUUGCUGUCCUUGCUGCUUUUGUGUCCUCUAUCAACAUUGCAGGUGGUUUCCUAGUCACGCAGAGGAUGCUGGAUAUGUUCAAGCGCCCCACUGAUCCCCCCGAAUACAAUUACUUGUACCUGUUGCCUGCUGGCACUUUUAUAGGAGGAUAUGCAGCAGCUCUUCAUAGCGGGUAUAACAUUGAACAGAUGAUCUACCUGGGUUCAGGCUUGUGCUGUGUCGGUGCUCUGGCUGGCCUCUCCACCCAAGGAACAGCUCGCCUUGGCAAUGCUUUGGGCAUGAUGGGUGUUGCUGGGGGCAUGGCAGCUACUCUUGGAGGCCUAAAACCAUCCCCUGAGCUGCUGGCGCAGAUGUCGGGCGCAAUGGCUCUUGGUGGCACCAUAGGUCUGACAAUUGCUAAACGUAUCCAGAUUUCGGAUUUACCUCAGUUAGUGGCUGCUUUCCACAGCUUGGUUGGCCUGGCUGCUGUCCUCACCUGCGUUGCUGAGUACAUGAUUGAGUACCCUCACUUUGAUACCGAUGCAGCUGCAAACCUCACCAAGAUAGUGGCUUACCUUGGCACAUAUAUUGGAGGUGUAACCUUCAGCGGUUCUCUUGUCGCUUAUGGAAAGCUCCAAGGUAUCCUGAAUUCUGCCCCCCUCCUCUUACCAGGCCGGCACUUACUGAAUGCCGGCUUACUCACUGCAAGUGUGGGAGGAAUGAUUCCCUACAUGAUCGAUCCUAGUUACACAACUGGACUGACUUGUUUAGGGUCUGUGUCUGCUCUAUCCGCUGUCAUGGGUGUCACUUUAACAGCAGCCAUAGGCGGGGCUGACAUGCCCGUCGUCAUUACUGUACUGAACAGCUAUUCUGGCUGGGCACUCUGUGCUGAAGGAUUCCUGCUCAACAACAACUUGCUAACAAUUGUGGGCGCGCUUAUUGGCUCUUCUGGUGCCAUCCUGUCUUAUAUCAUGUGUGUGGCCAUGAAUCGCUCUCUUGCUAACGUGAUCCUUGGUGGAUAUGGCACUACUUCGACAGCUGGUGGGAAGCCCAUGGAAAUAACCGGCACGCAUACAGAAGUGAAUGUGGACAGCGCCAUUGACAUGAUAAAGGAAGCCAACAACAUCAUCAUCACUCCUGGUUAUGGUCUUUGUGCAGCAAAGGCUCAAUAUCCAAUUGCUGACUUAGUGAAAAUGCUGAAGGAACAAGGCAAGCAUGUCAGGUUUGGUAUUCAUCCCGUCGCCGGACGCAUGCCUGGGCAACUGAAUGUGCUACUUGCCGAAGCCGGUGUGCCAUACGACAUUGUCCUAGAAAUGGAUGAGAUCAAUGAAGACUUCCCAGAAACUGAUCUAGUCCUUGUCAUUGGAGCUAAUGACACAGUUAAUUCAGCUGCCCAGGAAGAUCCAAACUCCAUCAUUGCUGGAAUGCCUGUUCUAGAAGUUUGGAAAGCAAAGCAGGUCAUUGUUAUGAAGAGAUCUCUAGGUGUUGGCUAUGCAGCUGUGGACAAUCCAAUCUUUUACAAGCCCAACACUGCUAUGCUGCUUGGGGACGCUAAGAAGACGUGCGAUGCCCUGCAGGCCAAAGUGAGGGAGUCCUACCAGAAAUAAACACCUCUUGUUUAAAAAGCGAUCCUUUGGCCAGUAUGAACAAAAUAAUCUAAAAUGUGUUAUCUACGUCAAAAGUCGUGGGUUGUUCUUGAAACAGAGGUUCAGAAUAAAAAAAGUGUUAAGGGUGAAAAUUUAACUAACAGUAUAUAAGGGGGGGAAGGGGGAAAACCCAAAGUGAGCUCUCUUGUGGGACUGGAACACGGUUUUUUUUUAGAAUUAUUGAAUGCAGUGCAUUUCAGAGGAACACAAUGACACUCAGGAAUUUGGGGGUAAAUCUGUCCAUCUAGUGUGACAUGAGAUAUAAGGGAAGCAUUUAUACAUGCAGUGCAGCUGCUGCCUUUUUUAAAAUGGGUCAUUUGGCUUCAGUUCUUGUUUAUUGGUUCCAAGUGAACACAGAAUUCAGCUGAUUGGCUAUUUUCCAGGUCUCAGACCCCUUAGCUGGAUAUCUUAGAUUUUGGCUGGCUUCUUACUUGUGACUCUUCUAAAAAUCUAUUUUGUGCUACUUUUGAAAUGCGUUUUGAUACAUUCGCAACCGACGUGUUUUGAGAUGCUGGAAAUGGGCAGUUUCUUGCCCAACAUACUUCAGAUGCUGGGAUGGUGGUGGGGUGGAUAGUUACAAUUCUAGACCACCUGGAACACAUUUUUAAUUAAAAAAAAAUCAUGUGGGCAGCAUAGAAACCCAAUAAGCUUCAGGGAGAAAAAAUAUUCUGAUUACUGGUCUUCCCCUUUAAUUUAAUUAAGAUGACUAUUGAAACUACAAUUCAGUGGUAUCGGGGGUUAUUUGACUUCCAGUGCAGCCUUGAUUUUUAUUUAGUGCACAUGAGUGGAACUCAAAUGUUUGACUAAUAAAAUGAAUUUGUCAUGUUUGCAUAAUGAUGUAGCAACCGUCCGUGGUGACAGAGGCAAAACAAAUAGCUGUAAUUGUGUUAGGAAGCCUUAACAUCUGGGCAAGACAGACUUACUAUGAAGUGAGUUAAACUUAGCCCAACUUGACUGUUUAUAAAUCCUGGUUUUUAACAUUGUGCUUAUGGUGACCUUCUAAUUUAAUAGCAGAUGAAAAUUAUGUCUGUUUAGCUACCUCCUAUUCUUGGUUAGUUUUUUAAAAAUAAAAUAGUGAGAUUUCCAUAAGUUAAACAGCAGUAGAUAGCAGAGGACUGGAUCCAGCUAGGAUCUUCCAGACCCAGUAAACCAAUAGAAGAGGUCCUUUCUCUCAGCUUCCAUUCAUUUCAACGGGGCUUUUCUUUUUCUUUUUUAAAAAAGCACUUGAAUGGAUUGUGCAGUAUGGGUUUUUUUUUUAAAAAAAAACUUGUUAUCUUUCCUUACUCAGUGUCAUUCUGAUGCAUAAGAAUAUUUGAGCCUCAGCAUUCCAAUGCAAAGUUUGGGCAGCUAUGUUUUAGCAGGACCUGUUGGGGAUCUUGAUUGUGUUGCAGUUGUGCCAUACAUUUCUAAAGAUACAAACCUGUACACAAUCAGAGCCCCGCCCCCUACAAUAACGCAAAUGGCAAAAAGAUCCAGAACUUUGUAAAACCAUAUAAAGUAAAACAACAACAACAAUCGUGGGGGUUCAAACCACCAACCUUCUGAUCAGCAAGCCCAAGGGGCUCAGUGGUUUAGACCAGGCACCCCCAAACUUCAGCCCUCCAGAUGUUUUGGGACUACAACUCCCAUCAUCCCUAGCUAACAGGACCAGUAGUCAGGGGUGAUGGGAAUUGUAGUCUCAAAACAUCUGGAGGGCUGAGUUUGCCUAUGCCUGGGUUUAGACCACAGCGCCACCCGCGUCCCAUGUAAAACCCAUGUAUUCUCAUAGGUGCAUGCAAACAAUAAAUAACUGUACCAGUUACUACAGAAUACCAGUAAGACUCCAUUCCAGCUGGUUUCAGGCUAUGCACACAUUAGUGGCUUCCAAUGCAGCAAGGUUGUUUUCCAUUGCUACGGCACAUUAGCACUUUCUGUACACGCCAGAGAGGGAGCGUCUUCACCCAAUGCACAUUGCCCGUUUCAUUCCCCUGUGCCUGCAGCCCUCAAACUCCCAUUGAAGGAAGCUGCCACCUGAAUGGCUGUCUGAGCUGCACAAAACACAUCUUAACCACAGCUUGCGUUUUCAAAUCGGAUGGCAUCUGGUUUGAGGGAAGCACAUAAAAUAGGAGCAUUUGUCAAGAAACUACAAGAUACACAUAGAUUGUGGUUAACAUUAUGUGCACUCGGCUUUCAACAGUGGGAACGCACUGGAGCCAGCGUAAAUACGGUAAUGUGUACACAGCUGCAAUCUUCUAUCAAGUUUGCGUAACAAAGCAGUGUGUUAAUUGGUAUCGUUAUUUAUUGUAUGCUGUUUUGCAGCUAAAAGGAUUUAAUUUUAUAAGGUUCUGUGUCUUGCUAUUUGUCUUAUUGCCCUCCAUUUCUGUACAACCUACACAUUAACACAGUCAAAGAGAGGAGCAUCAUCCAUGUUAGUUUUGCAAUGCAUAGUGCUGCCUUUAAAGGCUGCAGUUUCCAACUUGCCUAAAAUGUUGUCUUUUAAUUUGAUGAUACACAAGCAGUUCGUAAAGAGGACCAGAAGUACCAAUGUUAACUUUCCUAUUGUUUGUAUUAUGGAACGUGAGAGGAUUAUUAAAAUAAAUAAAUAAAGUGAACAAAACCUCAAGUCCUUAUUGCGGUAUUUU